GUUCCCGCCAAAUGACUGCAAAUUUAAAUCUGCCAAUCACAUGAUGAACAGAUGACCUACAGUACCGUAGACGUCACAUAGCCUAUGGCUUCCCUUCAAUGCGGUUCUUCAAAAAAUUCCAAAGAGGAUUACUUAAAGCGUUACCUCGAACCAGUGAGUAGUAAAAAGAAACGAAAAGCUGUUAAUGAUGUAACAGUGAAGUAUAUCUCUGGUGAUCUCCCUGAAACCCUGGAUGCUUUCUAUAAAUCAGAUCCAGACAGUUUCACCUUCCCAAAUAUUCCAGAUCCUGAUGAUGAUAAUGGUGAACACCAGCAACAACCAGCAACAAUUGUACGACAGACGGCACUGUUAAAAAAUACUAAAGCACCAAAACCACUUGACAAGUCGAAAAAAGAAGCGGAAUUAGAAGCGAGAUAUGAUGUAUGGAAUAAAGGCAUUAAAACAUUAGAAGAAACAUACAACAAAUUAAAAGAACAAGAAUAUGAAAGUUCUAAACCCCUGGCAAGAUAUGCUGAUGAUAAAGAUCUUACAGAACACUUGAAGUCGCAAAUACACGCCGAGGAUCCUAUGGCUCAGUAUUUUGCGAAGAAAAAGAAGAAGAAGAAACAUGGCAAGAAAAAGCAUAAAGGUUCCGAUGGUGGAUCUCAUUCAGAGGGUUCAGAGAAUAGUGAUGAUGAUGAUGAUGACGAAGAAGACAGUCGACCACGUUAUCAAGGACCUGAACCACCGCCAAAUCGUUAUGGUAUUCAACCAGGUUAUCGAUGGGAUGGUGUAGAUCGUAGUAAUGGUUUUGAGAAGAAAAUAGUUGAAGAUCAAACAAGACGUCGUGUGGAACGAGAAGCAGCUCAGCGUUGGGCAAUGGAAGAUAUGUGAGAAGCUACUACUACUACUACUAUUUCAUCACCUUCUGUUUUCUUCUUCUUUUAUCGCGUUAUCCGCGAAUAUUGUGUACAAAUUGUAAAUUUGAUAAAUAUAUACAUAUAUAUUUUUU